UUUUUUGUGUAAUGCAUUUGAAAACACAACAUUUGCUUCACACAUAAGGAAUGGCGUUGGCACCAGGGUCACGGGGAAAUUUUGUCCGGUUGGGAAUCGCCAUAAUUGACCAUGAAUCAAACAUGCUUCGCCUAAUUCUCGAAAAUGAAGUUCCUCCGAGCGACAUCGAACAAAAGGCGGUAAAAAAAAUCAAAAAAUUACAGGAAAAGCAAAAAGACCUUCUUAAGAUGGCAUCAACUGCUUCUAAUUAUUCAGACCUGGACAUAACAUUUCUUUAUACUCUGAUUAGAAAUGUAUGUUCUAAUGUUCCAAAACCGACAAACGGUUGGGGAGGCGACACAAUGCCAGAACCAGGUCAUAUUUUAAUAGGGGACGAUAUCGAGCGAAUUCGACUCAUGAGGAAUGAAGUAUACGGUCAUGUAGCAGACACCUGGAUGUCAGAUACAGAUUUCCAGAAACAUUUUCAGAUUAUUAGAGAAAUUUCUAAAAGAAUGGAUACCUAUUUCUCAUCAAAAAAUAAAACAACACAGUUCGAGGUAGAAAUAAACCGCAUUGAAACAAUGUCACUUGAUGAAAAUGCUGAACAGAAAUAUGUCCAGAAAAUCAAAGAUAUGGAGGAAAGGGAGAGGAAGCUAGCAGAAAAGAUAGUCGAAUUGGAAGAGCAUUUGACGCUUUGCGUUGCUCGAGGAGAUAAGGCUUUCAAGAUAUACAAAAAUGUAACACUGAGCGAUCCCAAUGAGAGUGGUUUAUCUAUGACACUCACUGAUACCUUCCUUAAAGAUCUAGGAUGUAUCAUUAAUGGAAUAGAAAGAUUCAUUCGGAAAGAGGGUGCGAUAGAAAAAUGCCUACAAAUGUAUCAAUGCCUGCGUAAAAGAGGAGUCGCAGAAACAAGGAGAACAUUCCACAACGUUUUAAAUGAAUUAAAAAAUUUUGCACGGGAAUCUCAAAAUCUGGUUUGCCCGUUGGAAAAUGACCAAGAAAUUAACAUGAUGAUAUCAAUCUUUGAUUUUAUAAUGUUUAUCAAAAAAUAUGAAUGCAAUUUAGAAUGCUUUAUGGGAUCCCUCUUUAUGUGUUACAAAUUUCCGAUCAACCAGCCACCGGACAAUAAAGUAAAGGACGAAAUAAAUAAAGCUUUCAGCAGUAUCAUCUUAAAAGAUGAACAUCUUUCUCUUUACCACUUGCCAGGAGCAAAAUGUCUCAACCUCGUGAUUCGUGAUAUAGAAGAAACUGCAUUCACAGAAUUUCAGAGACGCAGAGGAACAAAGAGGAAGGCUGAGAGUGACGCAGAGGAAGACAAAGAAGAAAAGUGUGACGGCAAGUACAUCUUUAUUCAUACUAUUCCUACACAUUAUCAAAACUUCUGUUGGUUUGAAUGA